AGCGGGCUGUCAGUGCUAGGGGAGAGAGAGGGAGAGAGAAAUUGGUCCAGCAUCUCUGGAGCAGCGAAGCGGAGCGGAUGACAGAGACACACCGUCCUCAUCAGCAAAAAUGAGGAGAAAUUAACUCGACUGUGGCUCUCUCCUGCUUUUUUUUUGUCCCGCCGCGAUGCACAAACUGGAUGUUUAAAGACUGAACCUCCUCGUCUGCCAUAGACCAGCGCGGUGAUCCGACUUUAUUCUAUCAAUGAGAGAUAUGUGGAGAAGCUCUACCGCCCGGUGGUAACGCAGAAAAACGCAAGAUGAAGAAGCAGUUCAACCGAAUGAGACAGCUCGCCAACCAAACAGUGGGCAGGGCUGAAAAAACAGAAGUUUUAAGUGAAGAUCUAUUACAGGUGGAGAAACGUCUGGAGCUGGUCAAGCAGGUUUCCCACAGCACACACAAGAAGUUGACCGCCUGUCUGCAGGGCCAGCAGGGCGUGGAUGUGGACAAGAAGUCUGUCAGGUCACCCUCGAAAAAGCUUCCUCUCACAACACUAGCGCAAUGUAUGGUGGAGGGGGCGGCGGUGCUCGGCGACGAGUCUCUACUAGGGAAGAUGCUGAAGCUCUGCGGCGAGACGCAGGACAGACUCGCUCAGGAGCUCAUCUUGUUCGAAGUCACCAUCGAGAGAGACGUCAUCGAGCCUCUGUACGACCUUGCGGAGGUGGAAAUCCCAAAUAUCCAGAAACAAAGGAAACAUUUAGCAAAACUGGUCCUGGACAUGGACUCUGCGCGCACACGGUUUUAUCAGUCUACCAAGUCUUCAGGAUUGUCCAGUAACCUGCAGCCAACGGGAGCCAAGGCCGACCACCUCAGGGAAGAGAUGGAGGAGGCAGCCAACCGCAUGGAGAUCUGUCGAGAUCAAUUAUCAGCAGACAUGUACAGUUUUGUGGCCAAAGAAAUUGACUAUGCAAGCUACUUCCAGACAUUGAUAGAAGUCCAGGCAGAGUAUCACAGGAAGUCGUUAGAGCUGCUUCAGAGUAUUCUGCCCCAGAUCAAAGCUCAUCAGGAGUCCUGGGUGGAGAAACCAUGCUACGGGAAACCAUUAGAGGAGCACUUAGCGCUCAGCGGGAGGGAUAUUGCCUUUCCCAUCGAGGCCUGUGUCACCAUGCUGCUGGAGUGUGGCAUGCAGGAGGAGGGUUUGUUCAGAAUCGCUCCGUCAGCCUCCAAACUGAAGAAGCUGAAGGCGUCUUUAGACUGUGGGGUGUUAGACGUUCAGGAGUACUCCGCGGACCCACACGCCAUCGCAGGUGCUUUGAAGUCCUACCUGCGGGAGCUCCCUGAGCCGUUAAUGACCUUUGAACUCUACAAUGACUGGAUCCAGGCCUCCAACAUUCAAGACCAAGACAAGAGACUGCAGGCUCUCCUCAAUGCCUGCGAGAAACUACCCCCAGCCAACAACAACAACUUCAAAUAUUUGAUCAAAUUCCUCUCCAAACUGACUGAAUACCAGGAUGUAAACAAGAUGACACCUGGAAACAUCGCUAUUGUCCUCGGACCUAACCUGCUGUGGACGCACAACGAAGGCAACAUCACAGAGAUGAUGACGACAGUUUCCCUGCAGAUCGUCGGCAUCAUCGAGCCCAUCAUCCAACAUGCCGACUGGUUCUUCCCUGGAGAAAUUGAGUUUAACGUCACGGGGAACUACGGUAGCCCCGUCCACACCAACCACAAUGCCAACUACAGCUCGAUGCCGUCUCCGGACAUGGAACAGAUGGAUCGUAGGCAGAGCGACCAGAGCCGACGGCCCCUCAGCGUCGCCACAGACAACAUGAUGCUGGAGUUCUAUAAAAAAGACGGCAUGGGUGUCAGGGUGAUGGACACUUCUUGGGUGUCACGCAGGGGCUCUUCUUCUACGCGUAAAUCCUCCUCCACGCCACCGAGCGUGCAUCCCCCCUACCCGCCCUCUGACGCUCUCAUCCCCGAGCAGCCUGGGGAAUUCUCUGCUUCCCCCUCCCCCACCCCUCCUCCCACUAGCAGCGACCGAGCCAGCUCGGAUGAUGCAUCCUCCAAUUGGUCGGACUCCUGUUAUGCCUACCCCUCCCCUGAGGAGGAGAGACCGCCUCCCCCUUACCCUUCCUCCUCAUCUUCCUCUUCCUCCUCCUCUUGCUCGUCCUUCUCGCUCCCUCACCACCAUUUCUACACCCGUGCACCUCCGGGUAUGCGUCCCGUCGCUCCCAGUCCCGAAUCCGUGCCUCCCGGCCAGUCCCCUCCCCUCCGCCGCUCUGGCUACAGCCCAGCCUCACUCCCCCACUCCCUUUGCCCCUCCCCUCAGCAGCUUGACGUCAACUCCAACCCCAAACCCAACUCCCUGCACCUGCCCAAACAGGCCUCCCUGUCCGACGCUCCGCAUGCGCCCCCGUCCGAAACGAAUGGCUCCACCCUUUACAUCAAACCCCCGCUCGUUCUUACUCGCCACGAUCUGUUCCUGAGCUCCCCCAAACCCCCCAACACCCCCCUCUCUGCUCCCCCUCCAUGGGCAGCCUGUGCCUGUAACCGAGAGAGAGGAGCCAAGCCGACUAGUACUCUAAAGAACAAGGAGCUGUCUCCGGUGAUCGGACAGAAGGGAAUCCAGGGGACAGUGACCUCUUGUGGACAGCCGCAGCACUCUGAGCACAGCCCACACACCCUGAGGAGAGCAAAGAAGCUGGCCCCAAUCCCACCUAAAGGCCCGUACUGUCAGACAGGAGCCAUGUCCGACCAGUCGACAGGUCAGCCGUCUCCAGUCAGCCUGUCACCCACUCCUCCCAGCACCCCCUCCCCAUACGGCUUCAGCUACCCACAGGGGUACGCCACCAUCGGCUCCCCGGGACAGAUCCAGAUGGCUACCACACCGUCUCUCUCCUCCCCGCCCUCGCUGGCCGGGACUCUCACUAAGGCCAGGCCGACACCCAAACCGCCCCGGCAGAGACCCAGCUUACCUCCUCCACAGCCCCCCACCACUCCUGGCAGCAGUCCCCAGCCUCUGGAGCAUUCAGCAGGUCUCCUGGAUGGUUUAUCUCCUGGGGAAAGCAUGUCCACAGGUUCCCUCUGCAACUUGGACAUCCCCAUCAUUAACAUGGAACUGGACGGUAUUUUUGACUUGCCCCACAUCUCCCCCUUCAGGAACUCAGUGGCGCUGCUCGAGUCGACCAACAACAGAGCGGAGUCAGAGGAAGAGUCUGAAAGCACAGUGCUAUGACGUCACUGAGUCUCCCCCCUCCCCUCCCCUCCUCCUCCUCCUGCUGGGCUGAUUAAAUGAAACUCAACGCUACUGCUGCACCGUCUCGCUCAAACCCCCCCCCCCCUAGACUCAUUCGUCGACCUUUCACCUCUCCAGCUGGGUCGCUUCAGCCUCAACGACCGCUCUGGAUCUCACCUUCACACCUCACCACCUGUACUUGAUCCAGAGUUGUAAAAACAAGCUCUUCUAUAAAAUAACAGAAAAAGAAAUGUCCAUUCUCACAAUCACGAGGCGUUAGUGACAAUGCUGUCAGGAGACUUUUGAUCGGACACAGAAUUUGACAUUUUACGUUGGCUGGAUCAUUUUGAUUUUUAGGAAAUGUUUGGGUUUUUUUUUUAAUUUAAUGUUUUAUGUUUCUUUUUGCCUUAUUUGAUCCACUUGCAAUAUUGCCUUUAACUUCACACACAAGACUGGAAAGAGGCUACUGGGAGGAAUGAGUGCUCUUCGCUGCUGCUUUUCAUGAGUGAAUUUUAACAAGGAAGAACAACAUCUGUCCUGCCGAUUCUUCUUCUUCUCUCUCUCUCUCUCCCAUCUCAAGUUCCUCCUCCAUUCCUCAGGGGCGUCCCGUUGAAAUGCCUCGCUCUGGCAUGUGGUGGCCACAACCCCCCCCCCCCCCCGAAUUUCUAUCCCACCUGAGCGUUCACUGUGAGUGUGCCAGUAUGUCGUUUUGGAAAGUGUGUGCGCGUGUGCGUGUGUGUAUUUUGCUAGUGUGUGAUGUUUUUGGUAAUUGUACUACGUGAUGUUGCACUGUUGGUGUCGAGCAUAAACAGGAAUGCAUGUUUUAGACAUUUAGGAAAUAACAACCAGGUUGCAAAGAGGUUAAACGCCCAAUCACACUUUUCUCUAUAUUUACAUUCAAUCAGGAUUUCAAUCACUGAAUAUUUAUUGUUUAUACUGUACAUUUUCAGAGUAUAUGAGUAACAUUAUAAAUCAAGUCGGAUCAUAUUUUGUAUCUACAGGAGAGCUAUAAAGAUACAGUUUCCUCCAGAUAGAAUAUAGGUGAUGUUGUCAGGGAGCUGCAGUAUAAAAUAUAUGAGACAUAGUUUAUGAAAGGUACAAAAAUGGAAGGGUUGGAAUUAAUUUUGUAAAUGCAAGUUGAAAAAUUAAAAAAAACUCCAUGUGAUUACACAUAAUUAUUUUUGGCAGCGAGCAAGGUAGCAUGGGAUUUUUAAUUUUUUCAUGUCAAGUGAGGAUUUGUGAGGAGCUGAAGACACAGAAUGACAAGAAUAUGCGGGUGUGGAGGCUGGAGUGUGCCAACAGAACGGCCGUCGGAAGUAAACAAAUCACUCCGCCACUUCUCGCUCGUCACUGUGGGCGUGUUGACACCAGCUGACAAGGAUCUAUACAUACUGUCACCACAAUGUCAACAAGGGAGGGCUUCUGUGUGCGUGUCCCGAUAAUAUUUGAGCUAUGUUUUUAGCCUUUUAGUAUUUCUUAGCAGUCAUUGUCUAAUUGAAACAACUCUUCUCCGACAAUUUGUACUACUUUGUGCCAAGCUGCAGUUCUUUUGUCCUUGUUGAUUGCUGAUUUAUUAUCUUUCAAUCAACUUAUUGAUUAAUCAACCACUCAUUGUGCGACUAAUCAAAGUGGUAUGUCAAAAGUUACAUAGUCCUGCUUUAACAGAAGAAAUAAAUGAAUUGUGAGAUGGGAUAUGAUAGGAAGACACACAUUAAAUUGAAUAACAAAAUGUAAACUUUAAAAGCCUUUUUUAAAAU